GUGCGGAUGCCACCCACGUCGACCACCGUCACCCACACGGCCACCAGUACCACGUCGAUGACGUCAACAUCUGCCACCCAAACCUCGACUUCCACAACUCUCACAUCAACAACAUCAACAACCAUCACGACCACAACCCUGGUCAUAGAGCAGCGCAUGGUGAUCAAUGAUGUGGAGUUCAUUGCAACAGAAAUCGAGGCUUGGGCAGUGGGUACCAAGUAUUGCAUGCCGGAGACGAGCACAAUGACAUCAACGACCAUGACCACGACUGGCCAGUAUGUUGGCGCCACCGAGAUCGGAGGCACCAUUGUGUUCCAACUCUGUCGGGACAUAUUUGCCGAGGAGCCACCGAGAACUUUAGACUGCCACUGGAGGGAUAUGUCCACGACGAACUGGGUGCUUUUUGGUGGUGUCAGCACCUGUUCUGGUGCAAUCUGCAAGUGUCCUGCCUGGAAAGCAGGCAACGAUGAACACCAGAUCCGUCUGACCAUGGACGGCAAAGAACACUACACGACAGAGGCCAUGGCUGUGGCAAGUGGGCCAAAGAUUUGCAUCACCGAAACCACGACCACGACCACCACAACAACAACCACAACUACAGUUGUAGACAGCAUGGGGGUCGAGGAGAUGAACGGUGCUGUCUACUUCUCAGUGUGCAGCGACGUGUCUGGGCCUGUAAUUUGCAGCUGGCGGCGCAGAGGAGAGGGCUUCUGGUUCCCUUUCGAAGGCUACGGAUCCUGCUACGAGCGCAAGUGCAGCUGCCCUCCGAUCACCACUGACAUGUUUUACAGCAUGAGAGUCCCAAGCACAAGCGAGCCGACCACGGCACCGCCCGCAACUGCAACCUCAACAACUUUCACUACUACAAGUGUGCUGACCACCACUCGGACAUUGUCCACUUCCAUCGCCAAGACCUCCAGCGGGCAGAAGGCUUACCUGCACGGAGUGCUGAUCAUAUUCCUCCUCUGGCUGUGGCAGCCCUGACCCUGACAAUGAGCAGAGAGGGCACAGACCACAGUUUGCUGUUUGGGCCGCGGAGCCUUCCAAUUGAGACGCUUGCAGCUUGCGCCUUCAAUGAGCAACGUUUUCCUGCUUUCUAUUCAUAUGUCACAAGGGAGGCCCGCAGGCUCGCACAUCUUGAAUGGCAGAUGUGACGAUCUCGGUGUAACAUUUCUGCAUGACUUCACCUAAAAGCUGCCAG